GAGACACUUCAACUCAAGACACUUGCUCAAACAUCACGCUAGACCACUAAUGGGUGCGUAAUGCUACGCAAACCUUAGAGCGGUAGUCAGCUAAGUUAACAUAGUAUUCAAUAUUUCCAAAUAUUUGAACAAUUUACUUGGAACAGGACAGUUGAGUGGUUAGAAUACCUUCACUUUUAUAGCUUGAGAUCCUAGACCGCUUCUUGAAACCAAGAUAAGAUUUCUGAACACCGAGAUAUAAACAACAGUUGUCAUAGUAACAGUAAAUUCAACGUUGUUGAAAAAGUCAGAUGGAUAAUACAAAGCCAACUGGGAUGCGGCGUGCAUCUCAUUGGUCUACUGAAGUCGAAAAUGCAUAUAGGUUUCAGCUAGCGGGUUACAGAGACGAAGUGGAAUAUUUUAACUAUAAUAAUGCUGACCCAGAGAAGUGGACAAAUACGGGAUUUGUUAAAAAACUGAAGCGACGAGAUGACAAAGAUAUACCGAAAUGCAAACUAUACGUAUAUUAAUAAACAAAAUACAAUUCAGUGAAUAAAAUCCAUCAAGCUUUAUUUCUAGAAAUUCUUAACAGUGCGUACUCUGUUUAACAAAGGGUGUGAAAAUUUUACACGAGGGUAAAGCAACAAUUAAUAAACUAUUUCAACCACAAAACCUGUCGGUGUUUCUUCGCUUGUUGUUUAUUCCUAAUACAAGAGAUUUGCUGCAAUCCUCUGACGUUUUGGUAAGAGAAAGGCUUUUGCCGAUUAUGAGUGGUUGUGUUGACUGCAUACAUAGUCUGAUCAUAGUUGAAACAGAUAUUUUUCCUCAACUCAGUCGAAGAAGAAAGAAGAGCACUGUAUAUUGUUUGAAAGUUUAGCUAAAUACUACAUAUUCAUUUUAAAGAAGUCUAAAGAAUGAAAAGCUUUUUUUUAAUUGUGACGAUGAGGAUGCCCUGUUUAACCUGCAGGGUCUGGUACUAUGUCAAGCCUGCACAGGUUAUUCUAGCCUUUGGACAGACCAAUUUAUUUAUUCUUCUGGAGCCGUAUUUUGAUCUUGUUAAUUAAUCGCUUAUCAACCCCAACCGUUUUUACGUAAGCGUAUGUAUGCAAAUUUCUUAUCUUAAACAUCACAUAUCUGCAGCUUAUUUUUGUUCAAGUUGGCUUACUCGCCUUCUCCACCGCGCUUCAAUCCGUUUCGCUUUGCCAUCUCCUCUUCGUUUUCUUCUCUUCGUCUCUCUGAACGUCUAUUCUGAUCGACGAUUGUACUAAAUAUACGUAUUCAAAACUCCAUUCUCGUAUUUGAAUAAUUUUAAUUCC